AUGGAGAGUUUAUUUGGAUUGUCGAAAUCACCAGUAGAUGUCGACAUAGUGUUCCACAAUGAGGAACAGAGAAAGCAAGCAGACAUUAAAGUUGAGAAGAAUAGACGUUUGAGAUACCCAAUCUACGCUGACGGAGAGACAGUGUCUGGCAAGAUCAUAGUCAAAUUACGCGAUGGCAAGCGUAUUGAGCACCAAGGCAUAAGAGUCAACUUUAUUGGUAGUAUAGACUUAUUCCAUGAGAGAACUAAAUCGUAUCCAUUUCUCAGUUUAUCACAAGAUUUAGCGUCUUCAGGCCAUCUAAAUCAACAGAAAACAGAGUUUAAUUUCGAAUUCAAAAACGUGGAGAAGCAACACGAGUGCUUUUAUGGCAUUAAUGUGCGGUUACGAUACUUCAUUUCAUUCGAGAUAGCACGCAAAUUCUCCAACAUUGUGCGAGAAAGGGAUAUCUGGGUGUAUGCUCAUCCAACAUUGCCAUUGGAGAUUGCUACCAACAAAAAGAUGGAAGUUGGUAUUGAGAAUUGUUUACAUAUUGAAUUCGAGUACAACAAAGACAAGUACCACUUGCGAGAUGUCAUUGUUGGAAGGGUCUUGUUUUACCUGAUCAGAAUUAAAAUAACAACGAUGGAACUAUCCAUCAUCAAGCGAGAAACAACAGGAUCAAUGCCUAAUCUGUAUAAUGAAAGUGAGAACAUCACUAAAUUUGAAAUAAUGGACGGUACACCCAACAAAGGAGAAACAAUACCAAUUCGAUUGUUUCUUGGUGGUUACGAAUUAGGACCCACGUUUCAAGAUAUCAACAAGAAAUUUUCUGUUCGAUACUAUUUGAAUCUGGUGCUAGUGGAUGAGGAUAACAGACGAUAUUUCAAACAGCAUGAAAUAGUCAUGUAUCGCAAGUGA